AUGGAUGGAGAAUACAUUCGUGCGCUAACUGAACUUACUCAAAAGCUCUUAAAUAAAGAAGUAAACAUCAACAAAUUCCAUGGAUAUGAAAAUGAGGACAUAAAUCGCUGGUUUGAGAAAUUGGAACUAGUUCUGGACUCUAAAGGAAUCAGGUUGGAUGUCCCUGCCGCAAGAACACAGCUUAUUAACAAUCUUGCUGGACCAGCAGAAACUUUUAUGUCUGAAUUGCCACCAGACGAGCGUGGAGACUAUAACACUGGCCCUGGUGAAACGUUACUCUACCAAAGACCGCGCAUGGGUCGAACGAUGUCGUUUAGUUGCUCGCCUUCAAGGCCCAAAUUAAUUACUAUCAGAUUAUAUCAAUGAUAUGCAUGAACUGUUUAGUGGACUUGAUAGGGAUGAAGAGGACAAAGUGACAUAUUUCACAGAAGGAUUAUUGCAACCUUUAAAGACCAAAGUCCUAGAACAAAUGCCCGAAACACUCAUGCAAGCAGAAGAAGUGGCUAGAACAGUCGGCUCAAUAUCGCAGCAAGAAACUAACACCAAAGAAAGCAGCCAAAUUGAACGCCUAACUGAAGCAAUUACCCGCAGUCAACAGGUACCCGCUCAAGCAACAGGUACUAACGCUUCACUUAAUACUUUUACAACAACAGUCACCUCAAGCACAAAUAGAAACAUUAACACAGAAGCUAAAUGAACUUACAAUUACAGUUACCAAGUCAGAUAAAGUUGCCGCUUAUUCAGAGCCACAAGUGGGUUACCAAAGUAAGGUUGAAGAUCUUACUGAACUUUUGAAGCAUAUGGGAAAUCAAAUGAAUAACUUGGAAAAGCGGAUGGACGCACACAUCACUGGUCUGACUCGCACAUCGUCAACGAGAGACACGUAUCACUAG